CGCAUACUUCAUAGAGCGAUAGCUGCUGUUGUACACUACAUCUUAGUCAGUAGUGUUUACAGGUCUUUGUGUUUAAUUAAUAACUAUACGGCACGAAAAACCUUGAGUAAUUGUAUUACAACGAAAAACUGGCAAUCAAUAAGAAUUAAUCAUAUAUUAUUAUUAAUUUAAUUGUCGAAAGCACUCUGGUCACCUAUGUUUUGGCUGUUGUUUGAUUCUACUUGUCAUCAUUCAACUGGCUCAGUUAAUUAUAUUACCUGUUAUCAUUAAUUGUAUAAUGUUUGUAUUCUGCAAAAAGAUUCAACCACAGAAUUACAAAUUUUUAGUUUCAUUCUUUACCAAACAGAUCUCUACAACUAUGAGUUUUGAUCAAAAGCAAUUGGAUAAAUUUAAGUUACCUGAUCGGUACAAGUCAGGAGAAUAUAAUGUCUGGAUUGAAUUUAUUGGAUUGGCUAUGGAACAUAAGCCUGUUAAUUUAGGUCAGGGUUUUCCAGAUUAUAAUCCACCAUCUCGAUUCUCACAAUAUUUGUCAGAAGUGGCAAAGGAAGGUGGUUUGUUUAACCAGUAUACACGAGGAUUUGGUCAUGUACGUUUAGUAAAUGCUUUAUCAAAGUUAUACUCCAAAUUAAUUGGGCGAACAAUUAAUCCAUUAACUGAAAUAAUGGUGACUGUUGGAGCUUAUGAAGCUCUAUUCUGUGCUAUACAAGGUCACAUACAACCUGGAGACGAGGCUAUUAUUAUUGAGCCAUUUUUUGAUUGUUAUGAACCAAUGGUGUGCAGUGUUGGUGGAGUUCCCAGGUUUAUAUCAUUAAAAAAUACUAACUCAAAUGCAUCAGUUUCCCGUGCAAGUGAUUGGAAACUUGAUCCAAUAGAGUUAGAAUCACUUUUCAAUUCAAAAACAAAAUUUAUUAUCAUAAAUACACCUCACAAUCCACUUGGAAAAGUAUUCGAUUUAGAAGAACUGACAAUGAUUGCUAAUCUUUGUAAAAAACACAAUGUUCUUUGCAUAUCUGAUGAAGUGUACGAAUGGCUGGUUUAUGAACCCACCAAACAUAUAAGAAUAGCAUCUCUUCCUGGUAUGUGGGAAAGAACCAUAACAAUUGGAUCAGCAGGAAAAACAUUUAGCAUGACCGGUUGGAAACUUGGUUGGGCGUAUGGUCCAGAUUAUCUCAUGAAGAAUUUGCAAGUUGUUCAUCAGAUUGCAAUUUACACGUGUCCUACAACAGUGCAAGAAGCUGUGGCUAAGGGAUUUGAAUACGAAAUUAAUAUUCUUGGCACUCCCGAUAGUUAUUUUCAAGGAAUUUCAAAGGAGCUAAGACCAAAACUAGAUUUCACUGCAAGUGUGUUGGCAAAAAAUGGCUUCAAGCCAAUUGUUCCUGAUGGAGGAUAUUUCAUGAUAGCUGAUUGGACGAAUUUCGAAAAGAAAGUGGAUCUUAGUACUGAAACAGACAAUUACAAAGAUUUUAAGUUUGUCAAGUGGUUAGUGAAAAACUUUAAACUCCAAGGCAUACCGUUUUCUGUGUUUUUCUCAGAGAAAAACAAAGAAGCCGCUUCAAAAUACAUGCGAUUUUGUUUUUUUAAGAAAGAUGAAACCCUACAGCAGUUUGAAGAGAUUGCUACUAAUUUCAGUAAGCAUAUAGCUGAGAAAUCACCUACAAACAAACUUUAAGAGAAUAAUAUGUGAAUUUAAUGAUUAAGUAGGACUGUUAUAAGCUACAAACAAGUCUUAAUUUUUCUUUUUUAUAAAUGUUCAAAAUAAAUUAAAUAUUUUAUAUUAGUUAUUGAUACAGUGUUAACGUAAAUUCUUAUUGUCUAAUGCUAUUGUAUUCUUGUUAAAUUAUUAUUAAUAUUUAAACUUAAUCCAUAAAUGAUUUGUUUUAUAUUGGAA